AGUUUUGGUAAUUGGUCAAUCCAACGAGCGCGGGUUAGAUGGUUUGGUUGGUAGAUAGAAGCAGUUAAUUAAACACAACAAAAGCAUCUUACUUUGCUUCUUCACCCUUUCAACCACCUAACCGCUCCUUUAGCAGAAUCAGCACCACUCAGGUACCCACCACCACCGCCACCAAUGGGUAGAGCCUCCCUCAUAACAAUCGCAGUAGUUUUCUUAGCAAUCGGAGUAAUUAUCUCUCCUGAAACAUUCGGACCAAAAUCAACCGCUCUUUCAACUUACAUCAAACUAGCUCACCUUCUCGGUUUCUCCAUCGCUUUCGGCGCCGCUCUAUGGGUAACUUUCAUCGGCGGUAUCAUCAUGUUCAAGAAUUUACCUAGGCAUCAAUUUGGUAAUUUGCAAAGCAAGAUGUUUCCAGCUUAUUUUGCAAUGGUUGGUGUUUGUAUUGCUGUUACAGUGGCUUCUUUUGGGUAUCUUCAUCCCUGGAAAACUUCUUCCACUGGUGAAAAAUACCAACUUGGUUUCUUGAUUUCUGCUCUUGCAUUCAAUCUUACUAAUUUGUUCGUCUUUACACCCAUGACCGUCGAGAUGAUGAAACAAAGGCAUAAAGUGGAGAGAGAGAAUAAUAUUGGAGAGGAAGUUGGGUGGUCAAAAAAUGUCGAAGUGGCAAAGAAAAACCCAAAGCUUGCAGCGAUGAAUAAGAAGUUUGGUAUGAUUCAUGGAUUAUCUUCCCUUGCCAAUAUCAUGUCAUUUGGAAGCCUUGCAAUACACUCUUGGUACUUGGCAGGUAAAAUUGAUCUCUGAUUCAGUUUUUGCCUCCCAUUCUAGUAGAGAUACUCGUCUAUGCAAUGCAAUUUGUGAAAUGUACUAUCAAAGCAUUACACGGUAUUGGUUUACCACGUGUAUCUUCUCUGAGAAAACAUAAUGUAAUAUGCAUGCAUAAUGUAAUCGUCUUAAUUCACAUGAAUAAAAUAAUUAGUCUCCGUACCUUUCUGUAGGCAAAGGUACCAUACAUUAUGGUAUAAAUUAUAUAAGGUAUCCAUUUGCUUUUUCUCA